AUGAGUGGUGCAUCAGAAAACCCUAUUCAUGACAGUACAGAAGGUAAGGCUUCUUCUUCUUCAUCAACAACGUUGAAACUCUUUGGUUUUCCAUUAACCCCACCAGGUUACAGAGAGAUUCACGUGGUGGCAGCAAGCACCGCCGUUUCUCCUCCUCAUUGCCCUUACAAGAGAUUCAAGUGUCACUUCUGCUACCGUGAAUUCGCCAAUUCACAAGCUCUCGGUGGCCACCAAAACGCUCACAAGAGAGAACGCCAGAAAGCUGCUCUCUCACCCUUCGGUUACUUUCGCUACCAUCAACGGCUCGUACCACCGGGUCAUUCUCCGAUCGUGGUCCCGCAAGGAGGAUCAAGGCCGUUGGUUGGUCCACGUGACCGGGCUCAGCCACCGUGGCUCUCGUGGGACACUGAUGAGAGAGCUUAUCAUAGGGUUGGGUUAGUGAGGCCAAUGGGUGCAAGUGCAAUUAGCAUUGGCACAGUGAGAGAAGUACACAAUAUUAUUGAUGAUGGUGAUGGGACAAGGAAUUUGGCAGGUGUAAGAGAAGUUGAAUAUGGACCAAAACCUUCCCAGUACUACUUUUGUGCUUAUCACUUUCACUGCCCUUACAAGAUAGGGAUGUUUUGGCUUGGCUCCUAA